AUGACUUCGACCUCAAAAUAUCCGAAAAAGAACAUUAAAUAUACCUUAACGCAUACCUUACAGAAAUGGAAGGAAACGUUAAAGAAAAUUACUCAUGAAACGCUGAGUAAUAUCGACGAUUCAAGCGGAAGCGAUGAGAAGAUUGAGGCGCUAUUCACCGUGGCUCAACCUCCCGUUACAACUUCAAAGGGCAUAGAAAGAGACAGUGGGGCUUCCAUGUCUCAAGUAGGGAUGGGAGGUGUCAACAGUACAUUGGAAAUGAAACUUACUGACGAGAGUGAGGAAUCUAGUUCCGCUAACAAUGCAACAACAACCACAACCACUUCCCAUACUCUGUCGAAUUCUAGAAAAUCCAUACAGAGUUUUGAAAACUAUAACGUGGUGGAAGAACGCAUAAAACUAGCCCAACAAAGCAAGAAGCCAUUUUGUAAUGGUGAAAAACUCUGGAGACGAAGAAGACAGCUUUGGACACAACACAAUGAACAAGAAGGAAGCACCGGCGACGAUGGAGCUGCUCACAGGGAAGUCUUUCAAGCCAUACCUGAAGAAUACUAUGCUCGUAUUUAUAAGAAAUUGGUCGUAGAUGACAAGCCUUUAAGAGAGCCACUAAACCUGGAAGACGCUUUACAAGUAAUUAAUACAGGCUGGACGGAAACAAGGAAAUGGGCUAAUGCCGCCAAAGGCAUGCCGUAA